AUGGCUGCCCUCAGAUCCCUCAUGCAACCCAAGAUUGUUGAAAAGAGGACCAAAAAUAUGAAUGAGGUCUUUAAUAUCCAGCACCAGUCAGACAGAUAUUUCAAAAUUAAGCAUAACUGGAAGAAAACUAGAUGCAUUGACAAUAGGGUACGCAAAAGAUUCAAGGGCCAGAUCUUGAUGCCCAACAUUGGUUAUGGGAGCAACAAGAAAACAAAUCAAAUGCUUCCCAGUGGCUUUCAAAAGUUCCUGGUUCACAAUGUCAAGGAGCCAGAAGUGCUGCUGAUGUGCAAUAAAUCUUACUGUGUUGAGAUUGCUCACAAUGUCUCCUCAAAGAACCAUAAAGCCAUGGGGAAAGAGCAGCCCAGCAAUCCCAAUGCCAGGCUGCACAGCGAAGAAAAGGAAAUAACUUGUGUACACAUUGUAUUUGUGUUAAUAAAACCAUAA